GUUACUUUAAGGUAGUCGGAGCGGGGUGAAUGACUAUUAAGCAGUAAUCUCUAUUAGAAACACGACUUUUGGAAAGAGCUUUAAACAAGAUAUUUAGCUGUGAUAUCAAUCCAUAGAAUUUGAGACUUGCGUCAUCAGUGCUGCGUGUUACAUUGACAGUGUUUCAUAGAAGAGGACUGGCACCAGUGACGCUGCGAACUGUUAAGUGCUUUUACACCGAGAUUAUUCGUCUACAAUUGUCUAUGGUUGUGACAUCGAACUAUAGCCUGAACGUCGCGUAAAUGGCGAAAUACAAUAUACGACGACACUAGGGUAAAGUGAAAUCUUUUCGUUCGGUGGAGUGGUUUGUUGGUCCGUUGGUUCGAUCAGAUUUUUGUGUCGCUGACGGACCAAGCUCGACGAUACGGUUACGUUGUUUCUCGCAGUGGGAAAACGACACGACUUUGGAAGGAUGGCGACCUGACCCCUUCCGAAUAAUGGAAUACUGUGCACAACGAUUGUCAGUUUAAAAUACAUUCAAUUGGUGCUAUUAAUCUUACAAUAUGGCUGAUGUUGAUCCGGAGACACUACUAGAGUGGCUCAGUAUGGGCCAAGGGGAUGAAAGGGACAUGCAGUUAAUUGCUCUAGAGCAAUUGUGCAUGUUACUACUUAUGUCUGAUAAUGUUGAUCGAUGCUUUGAAUGCUGUCCUCCACGCACAUUUCUCCCUGCAUUAUGUAGAAUUUUUUUGGAUGAGCUUGCACCGGAUAGUGUCUUAGAAGUGACUGCUCGGGCCAUCACAUAUUACUUGGACGUUUCUGCAGAAUGUACACGCAGAGUAGUAGCAAUGGAGGGUGCUGUAAAAGCUAUUUGCAGUCGCCUAUCCGGAGCUGGAUUAGGUUCCAGAACUAGUCGGGACUUGGCUGAGCAGUGCAUAAAGGUGUUGGAACUCGUUUGCGCAAGGGAAGCUGGUGCUGUAUUCGAAGCUGGUGGCCUUCCAUGUGCCUUGUGCUUUAUCCGAGAGCACGGAGCUCGUGUUCACCGAGACACCCUGCAUUCCGCAAUGGCCGUAGUGACCCGUCUGUGCGGGAAAGUAGAACCUCAAGAUAAAUCAUUGCCGGAUUGUGUCGAAGCGCUGUCAACAUUACUCAGACACGAGGAUGCACACGUUGCCGAUGGAGCGCUUCGUUGUUUCGCAUCGCUCGCCGAUAGAUAUUCACGUCGAAACACAGAUCCCGCUCCUUUAGCAUCAAAUGGAUUAGUUUCUGAACUUUUGCAUAGGUUGUCGAACGCAGCAGGGCCUGGUACAGCAAUAGCAACGACUUCUGGAAAUCCAAAGACACCACCACCUUCUAGCACAGCAUCAACGAUUCCGACUCCAGAAGCGAAAUCGUGCGCUUCUGUGUCAACUAUAAUUAGCCUACUAUCGACGCUUUGCAGAGGAUCACCUUCUAUAACCCAUGAUCUUUUACGUUCCGAACUGCCGGAUGCAAUCGAGAAAGCUUUGAAAGGCGACGAGCGGUGCGCCCUUGAUUCUAUGAGAUUAGUUGAUUUAUUAUUGGUUCUGCUGUUUGAAGGACGAUCAGCGUUAAAUCGUAAUACAACCGGUGGUCCGUCUGGACCAUUGUUACCACGAUUGAGACGUUUGGACAGCGCCGGAGAGAAGUCUCAUAGACAACUGAUUGAUUGUAUUCGAUCCAAGGAUACGGACGCAUUGAUAGAGGCUAUAGAUUCUGGCGGCAUCGAAGUGAAUUUUAUGGAUGAUGUUGGUCAAACGUUACUCAAUUGGGCAUCUGCAUUUGGCACUCAAGAGAUGGUCGAAUUCUUAUGCGAUAGGGGAGCGGAUGUUAAUAAAGGGCAACGAUCCUCUAGUUUGCAUUAUGCAGCUUGCUUCGGGAGACCAGCUAUCGCUAAGGUGUUGCUUAAGCAUGGUGCGAAUCCUGAUCUAAGAGACGAAGAUGGGAAAACUCCACUAGAUAAAGCCAGAGAACGGGUGGACGAGGGUCACAGAGAAGUGGCAGCUAUAUUGCAGUCUCCUGGGGAAUGGAUGCUGCCGAAUCAAGAGCACAGGAAACCAGAAACCGAGACAGAAUUCACAGAACCGAAAGGCGACCCUGAAAUGGCUCCGGUUUAUUUGAAGCGUCUGUUGCCGGUAUUUUGUGCAACAUUUCAAUCAUCAAUGUUGCCCAGCGUUAGAAAAGCCAGUUUAAGUCUAAUAAGGAAGAUGGUGCAUUAUAUUCAACCGGAUCUGCUCGUUGAAACAUGCGGUUCCGAUAGAACAGGAGAUUGCGGCGCUAUGCUUGUAGAGGUGAUUGCCAAUGUAUUGGACAACGAGGAGGACGAGGCCGGACACUUAGUGGUUUUGCAAAUGAUACAAGAUUUGAUGAUAAAAAGCAAAGAUGAGUUUCUAGAACAUUUCGCUCGUUUGGGAGUCUUUUCGAAAGUCGCCGCAUUAGCCGGACCAAAAGAGAGUGCACCGGAUCCGGAAGCGGAAUCGAAUCAGUCUGGGGAAGAACAAAGAAUGGAAGACGCAAGAGAGCUUUUAGUAGGAAGAGCAUAUCAUUGGAGAGAUUGGUGUAUCUGCAGAGGACGCGAUUGCCUGUAUGUUUGGUCAGACGCAGCUGCCUUAGAACUAUCGAAUGGAAGCAACGGAUGGUUCCGAUUUAUACUCGACGGAAAACUGGCGACAAUGUACUCCAGCGGAAGCCCGGAGGGUGGAACAGAUACGUCGGGAAAAGGGAGGAACACAGAGUCGCUUACCACCGAAGAGAAUCGCGGCGAAUUCUUGGAGAAAUUGCAAAGAGCUCGUAGCCAAGUGAAACCAAACUCUGUUAGCCAGCCUGUUUUGUCGCGUCCUGGCACGACCCGGCUGAUCGUAGGAAAUUGGGCAUUAUCCAGCAGAAGGGAAAGCAUGUUGGGCAUUCAUAAUAGCGAUAGCUUGCAGGUGACUAUUUUGAGAGAGGAUUUGCCUGGAUUUAUUUUUGAGUCGAAUCGAGGCACGAAGCAUUCCUUCACGGCGGAAACUAGUUUAGGUCCAGAGUUUUCCGCAGGUUGGGCCGGAAAAAGAGGCAAAAGAUUGAGAUCCAAGAUCGAAGCCAUCAAGCAGAAAGUGAAAAUGCAAGCUCAGGACAUUUACGAGCGUUAUUUCAAAGCUGCCCAGGCUCAACCACGUGGAGUGGUCGCCAAGUUAGGUGUUAUCGUCAGUCAGAUAGAGAAGGCUUGUCAGAAGCAACAAGCCGGGAACAGAGAAUGGCGUAGCAUACUGCAAAGCACGCUAGAAGAACUAAAACUUUUAUUGAAUGAAGAAGGGAAGGUAUCCGCGUAUGAGCUGCAUUCCAGCGGCCUAGUUCAGGCGUUGCUUGUCCUGUUGGCAGCUCCGCCAGGACCACAGCCGCCGACAUUAAGAGCGACCAAGCUUCGAAUGCAACGAAUAGUAGUAUUUAAAAAUUGUUUCCACGUGACGGAUGUGAACAAGGUACACAACUCCGCGAAAAUUCUAGUCCACAAAUUGGUCUCUGUACUGGAAUCCAUUGAGAAGUUACCGGUCUACUUGUACGACACGCCAGGCUCCGGCUACGGCUUGCAAAUUCUGACCAGAAGACUGCGCUUCCGCUUGGAAAAAGCUGCUGGUGAGAGCUCUCUGAUAGACAGGUCUGGUCGUAGCUUGAAGAUGGAACCUUUGAGCACCAUACAACAGUUGGAGAACCAUUUGUUGCGAAUGGUAGCGAAACAGUGGUACGAUCAUGAUAGAUCUACGUUCACGUUUGUGAAGAAAUUAAAAGAGGGUAACAGGAUAACGUUCAAGUAUCAGUACGACUUUGAUGAAAAUGGUUUAUUGUAUUGGAUCGGUACGAAUUCAAAGUCAUGCAGCGAGUGGGUGAAUCCAGGCCAAUACGGUUUGGUCGUUGUCACAUCUAGCGAUGGGAGAAAUCUGCCCUACGGUCAACUCGAAGAUAUUUUGAGUCGUGAUCCUUCGGCGUUGAAUUGUCACACGAACGAUGACAAGCGAGCGUGGUUCUCGAUCGACUUGGGGGUCUGGAUCAUCCCGACUGCUUACACGCUGAGGCACGCAAAAGGCUAUGGUAGAAGCGCUCUGCGAAACUGGUUGUUCCAAGCAUCCAAAGACGGAGUCAACUGGACGCAUCUCUACGCUCACGUCGAUGACACAUCGCUGAACGAGCCUGGGAACACAGCUACGUGGACGUUAGAAUUGACGACAGAAGAGACGCAAGGUUGGCGUCACCUGCGAUUGCAACAGAUUGGAAAGAACUCGUCCGGCCACACGCAUUACUUGUCCGUAUCCGGAUUCGAAGUUUAUGGUGAAGUUACUGGCGUAUGCGAGGACUUGGGUCGUGCUGCUAGAGAAGCUGAGGCUGGAAUCCGAAGAUUGAGAAGAUUAAUUAAAUCCCAAGUACUUCGUCAUUUGGUCGCUGGUGCUAGAGUUGCUAGAGGCCUAGAUUGGAAAUGGAGGGAUCAGGACGGCAUACCGCCAGGCGAAGGUACCGUAACAGGAGAAUUGCAUAACGGCUGGAUAGACGUAACAUGGGAUCACGGAGGUUCCAAUUCCUAUCGAAUGGGCGCAGAAGGGAAAUACGACUUAAGACUAGUUGGUGCGGGCUUAGACUCAGAUAAUGGAACAAAAGGUAAAACUGGUACCGGAGUGCUAACAGGACGAAAAUCCAGCAGUACUCCUAGCUUGCCGGAUUGCACCGAUACCGUGAUGCGUGGUUCGGUAGCGUCUACCGAUCAAGCAGCAAGUGCAGACAACUUGGCGGCUAAGCAAGCGGCUGAAUCGAUAGCAGAGAGUGUGUUGUCGGUUGCUCGUGCUGAGGCGGUUGUCGCUGUAACCGGUGAAGGUGGAGCAAACUCGACUAGCGAAUUGUCGGUUGUAUUACACCCAAGACCCGACACUACCGUGACAAGUGAUCUGGCAACGAUUGUUGAGAGUCUUGCCCUUAACACUGACUGUUCCAGCAACAGUAACAGCAAUCGUGCAUCUAGUAGUUCGAAACCGUUGCUUGCUACUGUGCGAGGAAAUAAGCCAGUGGCAAACUUGCUCGAGGCAGCCGAAGCACUUGACCGUGUCAGAGAAGGAGCCGACAGGCUACGCAACAAUACUAACAGCUUUUUAAGCGGAGAGUUACUUAGUAUAGUGCCUGUUAGAAUUAGCGUAUCAGGCGAGUCUGAGGAUAAUUCGUUAAGGAUAAAACCUGUACAAAGACAUUCUGGAAUCGCUGAUGCUACCAAAGAAUGCAGUCGGGACAAAGAAGCUAGCUCGUCUACGCAAAACACAACCGGAGGAUGUCCUGUUGUCGUGACCAAUCCUAUGUCUGUGUCUGUCCCCAACCUUGCUUGUUCAGAUACUAGCAAUACUUUGGAACCAACAACAGCUACCGGUUUGUUGGGAACUUUUACCGCAAUGACUCGAAGAAGAACGUUUGGACCUACAGGUGGACAACACAUCGCUUCUAAUUCCAAUACUGGUUCAAAUUCCCGCGGACCUAAUUCUGUGUCAAGCUUAGUUCGUCUCGCCUUGAAUCCUAAUUUCCCUGGUGGUUUACUAAGCACCGCGCAAAGUUAUCCAAGCUUAACCAGCAGCGGUCAAGUCGCAGGCAGCGGUGUUACGACAACAACAGGUGCUGGAUUAGGACAAGCGUUAACAAUGUCUCUGACUAGUACAAGCAGCGAUAGCGAACAGUUAUUGCUACAGGUGAGUCUCGAGGACUUUUUGGAAUCUUGUGGAGGUGUUGCGAGUUCUAGUGCUAGUGGUGCUAGGAUCAUUAACAGACCAACCCUCGUGACGGAAUUAGAAGACGACGAGGAUGUUGUCCUCGAGGAGGAAGAGGAUAACGACGAACAUGAUCAAGAAGAGGACGAUGAGGAAAAUGAAGACGAAGGUGAUGGCUGUGAAGGAGAUUACGAAGAAGUGAUGGUAAGCCGUAAUUUGUUGGCAACGUUUAUGGAAGAGGAGGCUUCUCAGAGUAGCAAGAGUCGUGCUUGGGACGACGAGUUCGUGUUGAAACGUCAAUUCUCAGCUUUGAUACCCGCUUUCGAUCCUCGACCUGGCCGAACGAACAUUAAUCAAACAACAGAUCUGGAAGUUCCACCACCUGGUAGCGAAACACAAUCCAGUGCUCGCGUAGGGUCGCUGCCUAUGCCGAGGUUAUUGCUGACAUUGAAAGGCCCAGGCCUUCCAGGUGUACCGGAUGUCGAGUUACCGCUCACUGAACCGCACGCCAGUAUUUUCCAAGCUGUGCAGGAGUUGAUGCAGCUUACUGAGCUAGGAAGUCGGCAGGAAAAACUAAGAAGAAUAUGGGAACCAAAUUAUACUAUAAUAUACAAAGAAGCUAGGGAUGAAGAAUCAUCAGGAAGAGCAACACCAAUCGUGACGCUGUACUCCCGCAAUGCUACUCAAAAUUCUUCAGCGUGCACCGUCGAGGACGUGUUACAACUUCUUAGGCACGUUUACGUAUUGAGCACGACUCGCGACGAUGGCAAACAUAUAGACUACGACGAGUCCGAGGAAUCUACGUGUUGCGUUCACCCUGACGACUUCACCUCGAAGAAGAUCACGAAUAAAAUCGUGCAACAAAUUCAAGACCCGUUGGCCCUAGCUGCCGGAGCGUUGCCGAAUUGGUGCGAGGAGUUAGCCAGGAGUUGUCCGUUCCUGCUGCCUUUCGAAACCAGACGAUUGUACUUCAGUUGCACCGCGUUCGGGGCAUCCAGGUCCAUUGUGUGGCUUCAAACGCAGAGGGACGCCGUUCUCGAAAGACAAAGAGCGCCAGGAUUGAGUCCGCGACGCGACGACAGCCACGAAUUCCGUGUUGGCAGACUCAAGCACGAAAGAGUGAGCGUACCUAGGGGAGAGAAAUUAUUAGACUGGGCAGAACAAGUGCUGAAGGUGCACGCGAGUCGAAAAAGCAUAUUAGAAGUUGAGUUUGUUGGUGAAGAAGGAACUGGUCUCGGACCAACAUUAGAGUUCUUUGCAUUGGUAGCAGCAGAAUUGCAGCGCAAAGACCUAGGUCUGUGGCUGUGCGACGACGAGGAAUCGCAAGAAGAUACGGAGGAACAAAUCCGAGUUUCUAGCGAUCAGGUUCGACCGGCAGGAUAUUACGUGACACGACCAAGCGGCUUGUUCCCUGCUCCCUUACCACAGGAUUCAGCCGCUUGCGAGCGUGCUGUGCGAUAUUUCUGGUUCCUGGGUGUAUUCUUGGCGAAGGUUUUGCAAGAUAAUAGAUUAGUAGAUUUGCCGCUGUCCCGUCCUUUCUUAAAGUUAAUGUGUCACGGAGACAUCACAAACAAUGUGAACGAGAAGAUCGGCUUGUCCGGCGUCACCCAGGAAAGCAUGUCGUCCAGUAUGUCCAGCAGCUUCAUAUCAGAAGAGGGUGAAGCUGAUGCCGCGUACUCCGCGUUCGUACCUUCUCCAUGGUACGCGGGUCUUUUGGAUAUAGAGGAUCUCGUGCACGUGGAUCCAGUAAGAGGCGAGUUCCUUAAAGAGAUCCAAACCGCAACUGCUAAACGCGACAGAACAUUUUCGGACGGUCGCAAUUCAGCGGACGAGGAAACAUCUCUGAGCAUCGCCCAUCCGUCUGGGAUGUCCGUGCCUAUCGAGGAUCUGGCUUUAACGAUGACCUACUCUCCCAGCUCAAAGAUAUUCGGACACGAUCAAGUAGAAUUGGUUGAAGGUGGCGCGGACAUAGCGGUCACUAUGGAAAAUGCAAGGGAAUACGCGGAACUGACAGUUAAUUACUGUCUCGAUCGAGGAAUCUCGAAGCAGCUCGAGUCAUUUAGAUCUGGUUUCUCAAAGGUCUUCCCAAUGGAGAAACUCCAUGCUUUCAGUCCCGAAGAAAUAAGGGCGAUGCUCUGCGGUGAACAAAAUCCACAGUGGACUAGAGAAGAUUUGCUCAACUACACUGAGCCUAAGUUGGGUUAUACGAGAGAGAGUCCUGGAUUCCAGAGAUUCGUGAACGUUCUAGUUUCGUUAACUGGCCCAGAAAGAAAGGCUUUCUUACAGUUUGCGACCGGGUGUUCAGCUUUACCUCCUGGUGGAUUAUGUAAUUUGCAUCCUAGAUUAACUGUGGUGAGAAAAGUGGACGCUGGCUCAGGUGGUUAUCCCUCCGUUAACACCUGUGUUCAUUACUUAAAAUUACCAGAGUAUCCUACUGAAGAGACACUUAAAGAGAGACUCUUGGCCGCGACUAGGGAAAGAGGUUUCCAUUUAAAUUAAUUUUGUUUCUGGUUGGGCAUCAAUCUGCUGUGGUAAAUAGAACCAGAAAAGGUACACGCUCUUAAAGCGUGCGAAUCGACUUUUGCUUCAAAGAACGAACUGUGUGGUCUACACUCGAAAGCAAAACGUCUGGCCUUGAUAUUAUUCGAAAAAGAAAACCGAAAAUAAUUGUCCAAUAGAAAUCAGUUUAAAAGAUUUAACACGUGGCCUGGAACGGAAACGCGUAACAAGGUGUUUAGACUCGCUUAAAUAAAAUAAUAGCUAUCUGCGUAACGCGACUAUUCUAAGACAUAAUAUUUGCUACGUAAUUACAUUCUGAUUUAUACGGUAUCUAAUAAUGCGAAUAAGGAACAGGAUUCAACUUAUUAAUUGAACAGAUGAAAAGAAAAAUGAUUGUCGCAAGUUAUCCGUUCCAGAUGAUCAUACGAUGCGAUAACAAGUUUUGUCCGAUACAAUAGAAAUUGUAUUUUCUCAAAAAAAAAAAGAAAAAGAAAUGUAAUACACGCGAGUGUUUUCAAGUAUACAUAUUUGCUGUCCUUGUGGAACAAGAACUUUACAGUUCCUCGAUAUAGAACGAAUGUUCGUACUGUCUUCUUUGUGGAGUAUUGUUAUGCUUGAAAGUGAUUCGUAUUGUAAGGAAAAAGAGACACCCUUGAUAAAAAUUUCUAUUUUCUUUGUUAGCAUGCCUCUACGGUACUGUAACACACAUUGUCAUUAUUGAAAUGCACGAGAACAGUGUAAAUCAAAAUUAUCCUGUGCAAAGUGCUAAGUUUUUUUUUUUUAUUGGUCACUAUGAGAUGAUGUAUUUUAGCAUCCAGACCAAGUUUCACAGCUUCAAAUGUUUGUCCCUUUUAGCCGAACGUAUCAGCAUCAUUAACAGACAGGCAAAACUUAAAGACGAGAACGAUGGAAAACGUUUUAAUGAACGAAACCGUUCACAAGACUAUGCAAGCUGAGCACUCUGCAUCUUUGUACAAUAUGCUACUUAAUGCUCACUCGAUAAUUAUAAUUAUAGGCGGAAAUCAAUAUACCUGUAAUAAUAGUGUCUAGAAGAAAAGAUAUGAAAAUAAUAUAAAUGUGAAAAAAGAUUGAUUAAUGAUAUCGAUAUGAGGAAUAGUUACUAUUACUGUAAUAUAAAUUAUUAUUGAUUCUUGGGGAAAAGAAUAAAAGAGAACAAAAAAACGUUAUAAAGUA